UACUAUUUCACCCAGACAUUUCACAGCUCGUUGUUAUUAUUAAUUUUAUGGAUUCUACACACCGUACUUAAUGAACAUCUCACUGAAUUCGGCGGGCGGCAAGCGGCAGCUGCGCUUUCGUGGUGAUGUCACCGGCAAUCGAGUGGAAGAACUGCAUCAUCAAAAGCAGGAGGAAAUUAAGCAAAAGGGACCGUUCACCCAGGAUGACGUUGCAGCGACGCCGACAGCGAGCGGACCCGCAGAGACCUGCACAAACACAUUCUUCGACUUCUUUAAAGUGGAGAUGACGCGAGGCUACAUGCUAGAGCACGAUGAGGAGCGCUAUUCCGCGAGGAGGCAGAAGAUCUACAGUUUCAUGCGCAUACCGCGAGAUCUGGAGCGAUUCAUGGUCUACGGGAUAAUGCAGUGUGCUGACUCCUUCCUCUACAUCCAUACUUUUCUACCCGUCCGCUUCCUGAUGGCCAUUUGGGCAUUGGUCUCCAGGACAGUUGCCAGGAUCUUUCGUCUUCGUAGCAGCGGCCAAAGGCUGCUAUCGCCAGCGGAGAUCUGUGACCUGCUCAAGGGCGUCAUCUGGAUGACGGUGACGUUGAUAAUGCUUUCGGUGGACACUAAUCGGAUGUAUCACAUUAUUAAGUCGCAGUCGAUCAUAAAGCUGUACAUAUUCUACAACAUGCUGGAGGUAGGCGACCGGCUGUUGUCCGCCUUUGGUCAGGAUACCAUCGAUGCUCUCUUUUGGACCGCUACUGAACCAAAGAAUUCCAAGCGGGAGCACUUCGGAGUCCUCACGCAUGUCCUCUUCACACUGAUUUAUAUGUUUUUGCACAGUGGACUGAUUAUGUUUCAGGCAACCUGUUUGAAUGUAGCAGUGAACUCGAACAACAAGGGUUUGCUGACCAUCAUGAUUUCCAACAAUUUUGUAGAGCUAAAGGGAUCCGUGUUUAAAAAGUUCGACAAGAACAACCUGUUCCAGUUGACGUGCAGCGAUGUGCGGGAGCGCUUCCAUUUGUCUGUCCUGCUCUUUAUUGUGGUCAUCCAAACCAUGAAAGAGUUCGACUGGAGUAUCACCCAGUUCUGUGUGAUGCUGCCCGACUGUUUUGCUGUGUUAUUUACGGAAAUACUGAUUGAUUGGGUGAAGCAUGCGUUUAUCACGAGAUUCAAUGAGCUACCGGAAAGCAUAUAUAGAGAGUACACGACCAGUUUGGCAUAUGAUAUGACACAGACCCGACAAAAGCAUGCCUUCUCGGAUCACUCGGAUUUGGUGGCUAGACGCAUGGGCUUUGUACCAUUUCCCUUGGCUGUGGUCUUGAUAAAAGCCAUUUAUACGGCGGUGUCUUUCGAGAAUUUGGCUGCUUGGCUACUUUUCCUUUUGGCAUAUCUGUUUGCCAUGGGUUUGCGAAUUUGCUUGACCAUCUGCGCUCUCGGCAAGGCCUGCAAACUAAUGAAGGAACAUCAGACGGAACGGAAUAGUUCUACACCGAGUAGCAUGACCAAUGUGCCUGUUCUAGGAACAGCUGCGCCUGUCUCAACGGCUUCGAUAAGCGGGCAGAAUCACACUUAUAAUAAUAACAAUAGUAUUGGCUCAAAGCCAGCACAAGUGACAACUGUGUUAACCCCACCAAAUGCAGCAAAUCUGGAUGUGAGUAAGAAUUUCUCUCGUGCUUCGAUUUCCUCCACGUCCACGCCAAAGAAAGCGGUCAGUGAUCAGGAGCUAGAUGUUACCAACUCCUUGGAACUGGGCGCCACAGCUCUCUUCUCCAACAGCGAUGUGGAUUUGGAUGAUGUGUGUCUCAAUGAGCAGGUGACCAAUACCAAUACAAGCGCAGCCGUUCAGGAAGUUUACCAGGAACAGGACCUGGUACGCAGCCAGCCGGAUCUGAUGCUGCUUAACGAUUCUGGAGGAGGAGAGGCUAACCUUAAGGUGAAGCAGGCAACCCAACGGCAGCCCAAGCGAACGCACAAACGAUCCGAAUCGGAGCCGGGGAUUCCCAGUUUGGUGGAAAAGGUGGCGACUUCCGGAGCAGCGAGCGGCAACCAAACGACACAGCUGUAGCCAUAAAUCAAUGCUUAUUUAUUAUCGCUUGUUGCCCAUUUUGUAAUUAUAAAUAAAUUUUAGAUUUUAGCUCAACACACAUGUUCUCUCUAGAAUAACAAAUUGUGCCUCAAAAUCCUUUAGAAUGGUAUGCCCCCUAAGGUAUAUCUAAAAAUAAAAAAGAAUUGUAAAUUCGUUUUCUGCGAUGUCACAUUAAAACUACCAUAUUGGCUGUUAUUGAGCACUUUUAAAAAAUAAUACAUAUACAACAUAAUUUGUUUAAAUAUAUUUAUUACUCUUAAGAGGUGUGCAAUUGCAAGGAAACUGAAUAGUUAUAAUUGUAUAAAUAAUAUUCAUGAUUAAAAGUUGGAAGUUUUUAUUGUUUAAA